AUGUCGGAUAUUCACGUCAUCGGCAAAUAUUAUGAGUCUCGAUCCUACAACCAGUCCGACAUCGCAUCCAGCAUCACCAACUCAUCUGACGAGCUCCGAAAGAUAUAUACAACUGCACUAGAGGCAACACCUGAACUGAACACAGAAACGUGUGUGAACAUGAGAGAAAAAGAAAUCACAAAACCCGACUGCUUCACAGGAGUCGUACAAUGCAAUGCAAUAAGAGAAAGCAAAAAAGAGGUUUCUGUUGGUGAACGCGUAGUAAAAACGACACCCAGCGAGCAAGUGUCGCUAAACUACGCUCGAGCAUCAUGCCGAAUGAUCCAUGAAAAAUGA